AUGGUUGUGGGAUCUGAUCUUGCCUGCACUGAUGAUGGCCAUACAUUUAAGGCAGAGUCUUUUCGUCAGGAUUUAUUACUGUCGACAACAUGCUUUCCGCGCUCUCCGUCGCUCAACUGUCCGCAAACGUCGACGGUGCUCCACUUUGGACGGCAUCGUACUUUGGAACAGGGAAUCAGCCUGAGUGCGAUCCUGGACGAGAAUAGAAAUCGUGUGCGGAUAAAAGUAUUCGCUUCCAUUUCUCUUGCUUCUUGUUUUGCUGCGAUUGCAUUCUCCCUGCGUAGCUCCCGCGCUCUCUGGCGGCGGAUAGCAACAGCGAUUCGGCCACCCACGCUCUGA